CUACAACAUCUCGAACCAUCCAUUUGGUUUGCUUGUCUACCCACGGCCUGAUUGGGAAUGAGGCCACUAAGGGAUAUUGGGCAAGUUGGAGGCGCCAACGAGAUCGACAAACAAAGCUUGCAGGUCGUCCAAGUGCUCUGGAGCGAAUGGGAGAUUCAUUGCCUCAUACUUGCAAGCUUUGGCCUACAAGUAUUCCUCUUCUUCACAGCAGGCAUGCGGAGGCACAACGUGUCCCGCAUUCUCAACUCUCUUAUAUGGCUAGCCUACUUAUCUACCGAUUCUGUGGCCAUUUUUGUUCUCGGUCAUCUCGCGGUCCAUGCGAAUGGCUCACACCAUCUUCUUAUCUUCUGGACACCAUUCCUACUCCUACACUUGGGAGGGCAAGACACUAUCACUGCCUUCUCCAUGCAAGACAACGAGCUCUGGCAACGACACCUGCUAGGAUUGAUCACCCAAGCAUCGGUGGCUGGCUACAUAAUCACCAUAUCGUCUUGGCAAGACAGUCGCCUCCUUGCUGCCACGGUGCUCAUGUUCUUGUCUGGGGUUUUCAAGUACAUUGGGCGCACCUUUUGCCUUUGCUCAUCUCGAACAUUUCUCCUCACAGAUGCUACCGUGCCUAUUUUGGAUAGAUAUGUACGCGGUGUAUACUAUACACCGACUCUUUUGACUAGGGGGCCUUCCGAGGAUAUACUAAAGCAAGUAGUGCAUGAUAUGAUGAUUAACCAGGAUGAUGUGAAGCUGCCACCCGUUGACAAUUUCGCACAAAUACUGAUGGAUACUCCACUCAAUGAUAGGGAUACUAUUGAAUGUGCAUCUAUCAUACCAGGCUUGCUCAAUGUGCUCAAGUCUAGUGCAAACCGCUCCAAUACCUAUGUUUAUGUCGGCACACUACUUGUUCGUUCUUAUGAACGCAUCUACACCAAGGGUUUGCUUAAUAUGUUCUGGAUUUUCCCUAUCCGUACAAUAAUGUCCAAAGAUUCCGAGGACAAAAUCACAGCCAUAGUAUUUCUUCACAUUGCUUCACUCCUCUUGCUCUUCCCACUUAUCUCGGCCUUGAUAACAUUGCGUCUCUUUAUGGCUUCUGAAAAAGCCGAACUCUACAACACGACUGAUGUCAUAGUCUCCUACAUAUUACUCGUAGGGGCCAUAAUCCUUGAGGUGGCAUCUCUCUUCAUGUCCAUUCUUUCCUACUUUGCAUCAAGGGAAGCACCAACAUGUUAUCCACUUACGAAUGUAGUCUUGCGUGUAGCCAACUAUAUUCACCCUGCGGGCAGACACAGAAAACGCUGGUCCAAAAUGCUUGGACAAUAUAACAUGUUGGAACAUCACACCAGACAAAAGUCCACAGGCAUCGUGCCAAUUGUAUCAACAUGGAUUGGCAAGCCAUUUUCAAGAAUUGCCGUUAGUAAAGAGCUCGAGGAGCUUGUCCUUGAUAAGCUGCUAGAAUUGGGAACAGGUGACCAAGAAUGCUGGAACUUUGCUAGCUUCCGUGGACAGCUAGCGCUUCAGAGAUGGACUGAUAUGCGCACGAUCAUUAACAAUGCUGACCUGCCAACAAGUGUGUUGAUCUGGCACAUUGCAACAGAGAUAUAUUACUUGAGAGAAAAUAGCAUCACCUGUCCUGAUCAAACUAAGAAAAUAAGAGCGAUCAGAGAGCUAUCAAACUAUACCAUGUAUCUUGUCUUCACGUGUGAUGUGAUGCUUACGACCAGCUCCAAGCUCGUACAUGUUAACACUCAGAAGGAAUCAAGCAAACUCUUCGAGGGUGUGUUAAUCGUGGUAUGAGGGAAGCUGUUAUGAUGGCGCUUCCAACUAACAGAGAAAGGCAACAACCAACCGAUAUGGACAAGCUUUGCAGCAAAAACCAACCGGUAAAUCAAGUGCAACUUUUGAAAAACAACAUGAAGGUUCUUGAUUCUCCAGUGUUGCCUCGUGCACGUAGAGUGGCUCGUGAUCUGACUAACAUGCCUGAAGAUGACCGCUGGGAACUCAUUGCAGAGGUAUGGCUGGAGAUGCUUUUCUACAUCGCGCCUCGCUGCGGGGGGUCUUUCCAUGUCAAGCAUCUCAGUACCGGCGGGGAGUUCGUGACGCAUGUACUAAUGCUGAUGCAUUUACUAGGCCCUUUUCUACCACCGCCGGAUGCUUAGCUUUGUACCUUUACCAUUUUCAGAUGCUUCAAGGGUCAUAAACCUUGUGUAUUGUACUGGU